CAGCUGGAGGAUGAGUCUGCCCAUUUGGAUGAAAUGCCACUAAUGAUGUCUGAAGAAGGCUUUGAGAAUGAUGAAAGUGAUUACCACACGUUACCACGAGCAAGAAUUACACGAAGGAAAAGAGGAGUGGAAUGGUUUGUCUGUGGUGGAUGGAAGUUCCUCUGUGCCAGCUGCUGUGAUUGGCUGGUAAAUGUAUGUCAAAGAAAGAAAGAACUGAAAGCUCGUACAGUAUGGCUUGGAUGUCCAGAAAAGUGUGAAGAAAAACAUCCCAGGAAUUCUAUAAAAAAUCAAAAAUACAAUGUGUUUACCUUUAUACCUGGGGUUUUGUAUGAACAGUUCAAGUUCUUCUUGAAUCUGUAUUUUCUGGUAGUGUCCUGCUCACAGUUUGUGCCGGCAUUGAAAAUAGGCUACCUCUACACCUACUGGGCUCCUCUGGGGUUUGUCUUGGCUGUUACUAUCACUCGUGAAGCGAUUGAUGAAUUUCGGCGUUUUCAGAGAGACAAGGAAAUGAAUUCACAGCUGUACAGCAAGCUUACAGUAAGAGGUAAAGUGCAAGUUAAGAGUUCAGACAUACAGGUUGGGGACCUAAUCAUAGUGGAAAAGGUUGGUUCGUGUUUUAUUAGGACGGACCAGCUAGAUGGUGAGACCGACUGGAAGCUGAAGGUGGCAGUGAGCUGCACUCAACGGCUGCCGGCGCUGGGGGAUCUUUUUUCUAUCAGUGCUUAUGUUUAUGCUCAGAAGCCACAACUGGAUAUUCAUAGUUUUGAAGGGACAUUUACCAGGGAAGACAGUGACCCUCCCAUUCAUGAAAGUCUCAGCAUAGAAAACACAUUGUGGGCUAGCACUGUGGUUGCCUCAGGUACUGUAAUAGGUGUUGUCAUUUAUACUGGAAAAGAGACUCGAAGUGUAAUGAACACAUCCAAUCCAAAAAAUAAGGUUGGUUUGUUGGACCUUGAGCUCAAUCAGCUGACGAAGGCACUGUUUCUGGCUUUAGUUGUUCUCUCUGUUGUUAUGGUAACCUUGCAGGGAUUUGCAGGCCCGUGGUACCGCAAUCUCUUCCGGUUCCUCCUCCUCUUUUCCUACAUCAUUCCUAUAAGUCUGCGUGUGAACUUGGACAUGGGCAAGGCAGCAUACGGAUGGAUGAUUAUGAAAGACGAGAGUAUCCCUGGCACAGUUGUUCGUACCAGCACCAUACCAGAGGAGCUGGGACGUCUGGUCUACUUACUGACAGACAAAACAGGCACCCUCACUCGGAAUGAGAUGGUAUUCAAGCGGCUACAUCUGGGCACCGUCUCCUAUGGAACUGACACCAUGGAUGAGAUCCAGAGCCAUGUCCUGAAUUCCUAUUCCCAGGUGCAUCCUCCAGCAGGCAGUAGCAACCCUAGUUCAGCUCCACUGAGAAGAACCCAGGCUUCAACCCCCAAAGUUAGGAAAAGUGUCAGCAGUCGAAUCCAUGAAGCAGUGAAAGCCAUUGCCCUUUGCCACAAUGUGACCCCUGUCUAUGAGGCUCGGGCUGGUGUCACCGAGGAGACAGAGUUUGCCGAAGCUGAUCAAGACUUCAGUGAUGAGAACCGAACCUACCAGGCAUCCAGCCCCGAUGAGGUCGCGCUGGUACGCUGGACAGAGAGUGUCGGGCUCACUCUCAUCAGCAGGGACCUCACAUCUGUGCAGCUGAAGACACCUGGUGGCCAAGUCCUGACCUACUGCAUCCUUCAGGUGUUCCCCUUCACCUCUGAGAGCAAGCGGAUGGGCAUCAUUGUCAGGGACGAGUCCUCAGCAGAAAUCACUUUUUAUAUGAAAGGUGCUGAUGUUGCCAUGUCCACCAUCGUCCAGUACAAUGAUUGGCUAGAGGAGGAGUGUGGGAACAUGGCACGGGAGGGGCUUCGGACCCUUGUGGUGGCAAAAAGGACACUAACAGAAGAGCAGUAUCAGGACUUUGAGAGCCGAUACAGUCAAGCCAAACUGAGCAUCCACGAUCGGGCGCUGAAGGUGGCUGCAGUGGUGGAAAGCCUGGAGAGGGAGAUGGAGCUGCUCUGCCUCACUGGGGUGGAGGACCAGCUGCAGGCCGAUGUAAGACCCACGUUGGAGAUGCUGCGGAACGCUGGAAUCAAGAUAUGGAUGCUAACAGGAGAUAAACUGGAGACAGCUACUUGCAUUGCCAAAAGUUCACAUCUGGUGUCAAGAACACAGGACAUUCAUGUUUUCAGACCAGUGACCAGUCGGGGAGGGGCCCAUUUAGAGCUGAAUGCGUUUAGAAGGAAGCACGAUUGUGCCCUGGUCAUACCUGGGGACUCCUUGGAGGUCUGCCUGAAGUACUAUGAGCACGAGUUUGUAGAGUUGGCUUGCCAGUGCCCUGCUGUGGUGUGCUGCCGCUGCUCGCCUACCCAGAAAGCCCACAUCGUGACCCUGCUCCGUCAGCACACGGGGAGGCGUACCUGUGCCAUUGGUGACGGAGGAAACGAUGUGAGCAUGAUCCAGGCGGCCGACUGUGGAAUUGGGAUCGAAGGAAAGGAGGGGAAGCAGGCCUCGCUGGCGGCAGACUUCUCCAUCACGCAGUUCAGACACAUUGGCAGGCUGCUCAUGGUACAUGGGCGGAACAGCUACAAGAGGUCUGCAGCACUUGGCCAGUUUGUCAUGCACAGGGGCCUCAUCAUCUCCACCAUGCAGGCUGUGUUUUCUUCAGUCUUCUACUUUGCAUCUGUCCCCCUAUACCAGGGAUUCCUCAUGGUGGGGUAUGCAACUAUCUACACCAUGUUCCCAGUGUUCUCUUUAGUAUUGGACCAAGAUGUGAAGCCGGAAAUGGCAAUGCUAUACCCAGAACUCUACAAAGACCUCACCAAGGGAAGAUCCCUGUCCUUCAAAACCUUCCUCAUCUGGGUUCUGAUCAGCAUCUACCAAGGUGGCAUUCUCAUGUAUGGGGCGCUGGUGCUCUUCGAGUCAGAGUUUGUCCAUGUGGUGGCCAUCUCCUUCACCGCGCUGAUCCUGACCGAGCUGCUUAUGGUGGCACUGACCAUCAGGACCUGGCACUGGCUGAUGGUUGUGGCAGAGUUCCUCAGUCUGGGCUGCUACGUGGCCUCUCUUGCUUUUCUUAAUGAGUAUUUUGGUAUAGGCAGAGUAUCUUUUGGCGCUUUCUUAGACGUUGCCUUCAUCACGACCGUGACCUUCUUGUGGAAAGUGUCAGCCAUUACUGUCGUCAGCUGCCUUCCACUCUACGUGCUCAAAUACCUGAAGCGAAAACUGUCCCCCCCCAGCUACUCCAAACUGUCCUCCUGAGGGUGCAGGGCCCAG